CAGAAUUUACAUUAAUUUCUCACUAGGUGGCGACUGUAUUUGACAGUCACCGGGAUCAGGUUGAUCAGGCGACUUGUGCUAAGUUUUAUCGUUUACCACAUGUUGAUUAAUUAAAUAGAAAUACAAUUUCGUGGCCGAAAUCAUUAUUUAGGGCUACCGUUGUUCGUUUCUUAACUCCAUCAACGCAAAAAUUCCAUAAAGGUGAUUUCCUGCGUAAAGAGAACGGAGUUACGUCACGCACUAGCAAGAUAUCGUGUGUCGAGUAGACCGUGUUCCCCCGUACCUCUCUUCGAAUACAAAGUGUUCCUGCUUUCUUUGCUUACACUCUUGUGUCUGUCAAAAUCCGAAAGUCACGCACGCGCUAGACUUUCGUGAACGAGUGUUUAGAUAACCAUUGGAGCAUAACCUAUAAACGAUUGUAAUUCGAAAACCGAUCGUGAAUGUUGGUAGUUGUUGCAGCUAAUAUUUCCUGUCAAUCAUUUUGGGGUCGAAAAAUAUUUGAAAUUGAAAUUUUAAAUAUCUAACGAGGAGUUCGUUGAAGGAGAAAAAAAUCGUUAAUACCUCCCUGCGUUGGGAUAUUCGAUCGAAAAUAUUUUUUAACGUUAAGUAGUCACCGGGAAAUUAGUCAAAAUUCCGGUCCCCACUAGGAAACGAGAAGGUCCGCAACAAACCGGCGGCAGAAUUCCACCAACCACUGGCGAAGAAUCCUCGUCGAGUGGCAAAAUGAAUAGCAAAAGAAAGAAUCGUUCAAACACAAACAGAUCACCACGUUCUCGUGGUCCACAAGAAAGAUGUGUUGCUGCUGAAGGGGUAUAUAAUAAUGCCCAUUUUAUGCAUGCCAUAACCAGUCAUGUUGGCAAUAUUGUACAGAUUCAAACAUUAAAUGGUUCAAUGUAUGAAGGUAUUUUUCGUACUUUCUCAAGCCAAUUUGAUGUUGUCUUAGAAAUGGCACAUCGUGUGGAAGGUACAGGAAAAUUCAGUGUAGAAAGUGUUGUAGAAAAAUUAAUUUUUAAACCACAAGAUAUUAUUACUAUGUCUGCCAAGGACGUUGAUUUAGAUUAUGCUAUACGUGAUUCGUUUAGAACAGACAAUGCUAUUAGUAAAUAUAAUGGUGUAGUUGGUGAGAAAGAAUUGGAACCUUGGGAUGCUCCUCCUGCUACUAUGAAUGGAGAUGACUUGAAAUUGGACGGUACAACAAAUGGAUGGGAUGCUAAUGAUAUGUUUCGCAAAAAUGAACAAAAGUAUGGUGUUCAAACAACAUAUGAACCAACUUUGGCUGCUUAUACAUUGCCGCUUCAGAGAAAAGAUACAAAAGAUUACAAAGAACAAGAACAAAAGGCUGCAGAAAUAGCAAAUGAAAUAGAGUCACAACCAAAUUACAAAGCAAGAUUAGAAUUAGAGAAUGGCGAUGAAGAAGAAAGAUUUGCAGCUGUGGUGAGACCUACUGAAGGUAAAUAUAUUCCACCUCCACUGAAGAAGAAAAAUGGAAAUAGUGCAAAGCUGAUGAGAUCUAGCGAACCACCGCCUUCGCCAGGGUCUGCAACCGCUAAUAAAAAUGUCUUUAAUCAACAAUCUCCGUCCAACGUAAACGUGAACAUUCCUCCAAAUUCGAAUCUUCCUAUUGGAAUGCAAAGUGCUCAUCCUUCGGUACAACAUCCAGUAUCAAUAAGCCUGGGACUAGUGGUUACAUAUAACAACCCUCCACCACCAUUUGUGCCUACACCAGCAACACAACCACCACCACCAGUACCUGUGAUUCAACAAUCACAACCGCAAUCUCAGGCAACAUCUGUACCACAAGUCAGUUUUUCACCGCAGCAACAACAGACCUCAUCAUCCAAAAUAAAUACAGAAAAGCGUGAACGGCCUGGCAGACAACAAGUGUAUCAAGCAGAUAAAGCACCACCAGCACCAUUCCCACAAACGAAUGUUACCACUCCUCAUCAACAACAGCAGUCAUCCCAUCAACAGCAUAGUCAAUUACAACAACAAAAUUCUGUUGAAGGACAACGAUGUGAGAUAGUUCCUCAUAAAUCAGAUCACAGAAAAGUACCAACACCACGUAGUAGAGAAGAACAACAUUCAGAAUUGAGGCAAUUUGCAUCAGAGUUCAAAUUAGCAGAAACACCAGCACAAGAUACACCACCUGUUACCAGAAAGCAACAACAACACCAACAUCAGCAAGAUACUCAUUCUUCACCUCAAAUUACUCAGACACAUCAUCAAUCAUCACAUCAGCACACAACGUCACAAUCGUCGCAACAGCAACCGCAACAACAACAACAGCAACAGCAUCCAAACCCUCCACAACAGCAGCAACAACAACAGCAAUCACAUCAAAAUCAAACUGUUCCAGAAGAAACUGUGGUCACUAGUAAACCACCACCAGGUCCAUUACCAUUGCGAUCUACAAGCCCUCCACAAUCACAACAACAACAACAAACUUCUACAAACACUCCCCCUGUAACCCAAGCCCCACAAGAAGCUACUACCGAUAAAAUAACGACGGCUUUCAAAAAAUCAACAUUAAAUCCAAAUGCUAAAGAAUUUAAUCCAAAUACUAAAGCUUUCACGCCGCGAUCUCCAAGUACACCAACACCAAGUAGACCACACACACCACAAACACCUCAAUAUACUGGAGCAACUAUGCCUACGACUGUAGUCAUGCCAGCAUAUGUAAUGACUAGCCAACCACCAACUGCGUUCAGUCAGCCACCGAAUCAACCUGUGACAAGGUUCCGGAAGGGUCAGUAUCUAGUACCAGUAAUGCAUGCGCAACAUCGUGCUCAAGAUAUAGCCUCUCAGAUGCAAGUAGUAGCGGCAACUGGACAGCCUUUAAUGGCACCAGCACCUCUACAUCCACCAUUCCAGGUGCCUUAUGCUGGUCAACCAGCAUAUCAACAGAUGGUACGCAUGGUUCAGGCACCACCACCACCGCCACAUAUGGCAACACCAUAUCAUCAUCAUGACUCACCAGGACCACAGGCUCCUGGUAUUCAGUACAUGGGUCCACAUACACACCCACACCCUCAUGUUGCUCAACAACCACCAAGUCAAACCCCUUCUCCAGCUAAUCCUAAUCCACCACACACACCAGGCACUUAUAAUCCUCCUGGUACUCCACAACCCACAUAUCCUCCACCACCUCCUCAAGGCCAUGCUCCAAGUUAUCCAAUAAUGUGUCCUAUACUUCCUCCUCAUAUACCGAUACCACCGCAGCACAUGCAAUACCUACCGCCGCAACCACCUCCAGGAGCGCAGCAAACUAUACCAGUGAUUUUGCCGCACAAUCAGUAGCUGCAAUCAGAAAUGAAUAAAAGAAAAGGGAGCUACUAGUAUUCUGCAAAGGUAGAAUAAAGUUUAUAAAUUUAAGUUACUUUCAUGAUGGCGUUAGGCACUUAAAAUGACUUUCUUGCUAGUUCUAUGCGUCGAUAUAUCUAUAAGCAAUUUUAUAAGUUUCACUUUUCUUUCUUUUCUCUAUUAAUAAUAGCAAUAUCAUUCCAAACUCAAAACAAAAACAGUAUGCGUUUUAUUUAAUUCAGAUAAUAAUCAGCCACUUUUACAAAAAAGAAAAAUUUAUAAAAUAAUAAUAACCUAAAAUGAAGUGCUGAUCAUCUUGAAAGUGACUUUGAAGUGGGUUAGUUAAUUACAGAGGACCCACAAUGACAUUUAGUCCCUCAAAUUGUAUUUAAAUCUUAAUCAUAUGAGACAGAUUUCAGUAUACAAUUUACCACGGUGUACUACUAUAUUAUUAAUUUAAAUGUUACAACAAAAAAACAAACAUAUUCUUUGAAAUUAAUUUAUAGAAAUAUAUGAAAUGUAAAAGGAUAAUUGGCCAACAAACAAUUUCAAAAUUGUAUUGGUAGGUGGUGCCUAUGCAUUAUAUUAGGAAAUGAAAGAAACGAGGGACUGUGACUAUAAAAUACUGCAAGAAAUAUUAAAAUUAAAGAAAUUUCACUUUUAAUUAUCAUAGCUCACACUACUUUGUAAACAUUCAUUAAACCAAAAUUCAACCUGUAAGGUUGAUACAGAGAGCUAUUCAAUAGUCUGGUGGUGAACGUAUCUUCGGAGAUUUGAGUACUCAAAAACGAAGUAAUUGUGAACAUCACGCGAGUAAAACUUUUUUUUACACAAAGUAAUUAUUGGUAUAAUGUAAAAAAUAGAACAUAUGACAUAUUUUUCUGCUCGCGCUUUCGUAUUUGAUAUCUUGCUGCAGUGGAUAAGAAGCACAGGAACAGGUCGAUAUAAUUCUUCAAAAUUUCAUCAAAUUGCGUUUAAUUGUACAAAAUUAAAUGACACGAUAUUGAAAUAAUUGAAGUCAACUUUCAAAUUUUGCGAUUUGUUGAUGACGGAUUUUGUUAUGAGAUGCUAAUACAUAAGAUCCUCAAGGCAAAGAAUAAAUCUAACUAGAAAAAAUGUAUAAGAGAAAAAGGAUCUGACAAGUAAUGUUUAAAACGACCCGACAGACGAUCCUGUCGUGAAAUAAAAACCACCUGCAUAUAUAAAGAGGUACAAAUGUAUUAGUUUUUGUUUAGUGAUUUAAAAUAUAAAAUUUGGAUAUCCUUUUUUUAUGCACUAACAUGUUUACAGUAACAUAUAUCGAUCUUAUAUUCGUAUUAAAAUAGAUAAAAGCCAAAGUAGAUAAAAAUAGUAGAUAUAGAUUUAAAAAUGAUACAAGGAACAUUUCAUUGAUUACAUUCAAUUUUUAAAUUAAAUUUUCUUUUUCUCAAGCUUAAUUUAGAUAAGUAUUACGUAAUCUAUGUAAUGUCUUUAUAAAUGAGCAUUACUUUUUAUUAUAGAUAACAUGAAUUAUAAAUUAAGGAAAGUAUUGAAGAAAUUUUCAAAAAGGUAACAAUAUUUUAUUGUCCACUAGAUUGAAGAAUUUAUUGCGUCGAAUAUCUAAAAUUGUUAUAACAAUUAAAUAUAUUGUGUACCUCUUGUGUAUAAACAAAUACUGUCAGAUAGUAUGGCAUUGAAAAAAACAAAUUGAAUUACGGCCUUAGACCUAGUCGUGUACAUAAAAGAAAUAAAGGCAAGGACGAUCCUUAUCUGAGAGAUAGUUGAAUGUGUGGCAUCGUUAGACACAAAUUUUAUAUGGAAGAGAUUUAAAAAAAAAAACAUCAAAAUAAACUCAAUAAGUUAAAAGCCAA